GCCGUAGGAUAGCCACUGCAAGCGGCACGCGCCGAUGGAUUGCUGCAGCAAAGUUCGUGGGGUGGUGUGCAUGUAGUGGAUCUGCGCGUCCGACAGUUCAUCGAAGGAGUCCAUGUGGACAUGUAGACGCAGGUCGAGGUUUUGGGACCGCGACUCGUAGAGCUUCACGACAGGCAGAGGCAGCCGCUUCCAAGUUCGAAAGCAGAUGAGAGUCCAUAAGCUGGGAGUCUGCAGGUCAAGGUUGCGCCACCGCCGACAGACGUGGCUCGCCACCAUGGUGAAGAUAGUGAGAAGCCUGGACCCUAUCCAUUUGGAAACCUCCGGUAUCGCAUAUUUAAAAGCCAGAACGAGGAGCUCAUUCGGUAGGGAAUCGAUGGGAAUGCUGGAGGAGGGCACUAAUCGCGCGUCGUUUGGCGCCAUCCCUUCACCAGACGUCGACUGCCAUUCACUGUACUGUGAAUCCCUUUUGUCGAACGACGACAUGAAGGCGUUGGCAAGUUAUGCACGGGCGUAAUAUGAGGAUCAGGUUCAGUAGACUUCGAUAGCGUCUGAAGAGGUGGGUGAUGU